AGGCAAGCGCGCUCCCGACGUUCGUGCGCGUGCACGGGGAGGUAUCGGAAUCCGGCAGCUGAAAGGCGUUAUUAAGGCGUUCUACAUCCUUGCUGACUGCUAACAACUAGAACACUGAAUGCAGACUUUGUGAUAUCCAAACUUUGGAACUGGAGGAAACGUGAAGGUAUCUAGUUUUUCAUCAUGAAAAACGAAGACGAUAAGGUGAUCCCGGUGAGGGUCGCCUUGCGAUGCCGCCCGCUGGUCCCUAAAGAAACCGACGAGGGAUGUCAGUGCUGUCUCACUUUUGUGCCUGGAGUGCCGCAGGUGAUCGUUGGCACAGAGAAGGCGUUCACGUAUGAUUACGUGUUCGAUCCCACUGCUGAACAAGAAGAGGUCUUCAAUACGACUGUGUCCCCCUUGCUGUCUGGGCUUUUCAAAGGCUACCACGCCACAGUUCUUGCAUACGGACAGACCGGGUCGGGUAAGACCUUCUCCAUGGGAGGAACAUACACAUCAACUCAAGAAAAUGAUCCUUCGGUCGGAGUUAUUCCGCGAGUUAUCAGAAGGAUCUUCGAGGAAAGGGAGAAGAUGACGGCCUGUGAAUUCUGUCUGGCCGUGUCUUACCUGGAGAUCUAUAACGAGGACAUAUUGGAUUUACUCUGCACAUCUAAAGAUAGAUCAAGCCUCAGCAUCAGGGAGGACCCCAAAGAAGGCAUCAAGAUCGUGGGUUUGACCGAGAGGCAGGUGUUCUCCGCCCAAGAGAUGGUGGGGUGUCUGGAGGUUGGGAAUUCUGCCCGCACCGUGGGCUCCACGGCCAUGAACUCUGCGUCCUCCCGCUCGCAUGCGAUCUUCACCGUCACGCUGGAGCAACGCACAGGGAAAGACAAGUCCGACUCGGUAGUUUCAAAAUUACACCUCGUGGAUCUGGCUGGUUCAGAAAGGCAAAAGAAGACCAAAGCAGAGGGAGACCGGUUAAAGGAAGGCAUCAGCAUCAAUCGGGGCCUUUUGUCUUUGGGUAAUGUGAUCAGCGCCUUGGGGGAUGAAAACAAGAAAAGUAGCUUUGUUCCUUACAGAGACUCCAAACUUACCCGCCUGCUACAAAACGCUUUGGGAGGCAAUAGCCACACCUUGAUGAUUGCGUGCAUCAGUCCUGCAGACUCGAACAUGGAAGAGACCAUCAACACGCUGCGAUACGCCGACCGAGCGCGUAAGAUCAAAAACAAACCCGUAGUGAACGUCGACCCGAUAGCUGCAGAAAUGAAGCGCUUGAGACAGCAGGUUCAGGAGCUGCAGGUUAUGCUGCUCCAUGCGCGUGGAGGAGUCGCCCCGGUGCUCUCUGGGCCCGAGUCGACCGAGAAGGUGGCUAAGCUGCUGGAAAGGAACCGCGCUCUGCUGGAUGAGAACAAUAAACUAAGCCGGGAGCUGAGUGAGGCAGCGGGACAGACUGCCCUCAUGUUUGAAAAGAUCAUUAUGACGGAGCUCGCGAACGAGAAACUGCAAAGCAAAAUGGAGCAACUGAGGGAGCAUUCAGCCUGCACGGUGGAUCUCGAGAAAGUGCUGGAGACACUGGAGGACCAGGAGUUGAAGGAGAACAUUGAGGUGAUGAGGAACCUGCAGCUCGUCAUCAAGGAGCUCAAGAAUGAGAGUGAAGGCAUCGCCGCCUCCAUUGACGCCAUGGCUGCAGGAGAUGGGGGCGCUGACGUGUCCCGGAAUGGCAGUAAAAAUGACGACUCCGCGUCGGAGGUCGCCGGCCCUGCUGGCAAGGACUGUCCGGAGGGCUUUUCUACCCAUCAUGCACUGCGACAGGCUCAGCUCUCCAAGGAACUGAUCGAGCUGAACAAAGUGUUGACCUUGAAGGAAGCUUUUGUGAAGAAAAUGUGCCAGAAUGACACUCAGCUUGAGCCAAUGCAAUCGGAGCACCAGAAGAAUGUUCAGACUCUGCAGACUGCAGUGGAUUCUCUGCAGAAGGAGAAGGAGGAUCUUGUCUUCGCACUUCAGUCUGCAAAGAAAGACACAAACCAGGCUAAGCUCAGUGAGCAGCGCAGGAAGAGACUGCAGGAGCUCGAGGGCCAGCUGGGCGACAUGAAGAAGAAGCUUCUCGAGCAGUCCAAGCUGCUGAAACUCAAAGAGUCCUCUGUUAAGAAGGUUGACAACCUCGUGCAGGAGAUUCAGGGCAUGAAGAACCAGCGUACGCAGCUCAUGAGGCAGAUGAGGGAGGACUCUGAGAAAUUCAGACAGUGGAAGGCCCAGAAGGACAGGGAGGUGCUGCAGCUGAAGGAGAAGGACCGUAAACGGCAGUAUGAGAUACUUAAACUUGAGAGGGACUUCCAGAAACAAGCCAAUGUUUUGCGUCGUAAAACGGAGGAGGCCGCAGCUGCAAACAAGCGACUGAAAGAUGCGCUGCAGAAGAGAAGUGAGGCAUCAGAGAAACGCAACAAAGGAAUGGAGGGAGCUGCUGCGAGACUUAAGACGUGGCUUCUCAACGAAGUGGAGGUGAUGGUGAGCACUGAGGAGGCCCGGCGCCACCUCAACGAUCUGCUGGACGACAGGAAGGUGUUGGCUCAGGAGAUCAACCACCUCAAGCAGCAGAUGGAAGCAGGGGACCGACCAGCAGCCAAAAUCAGGCGUCGGACACUAAUCAUCUCCGAGCUGGAGACCAACGGGGCGCUGGAAACGCCUCUGACCAAACAGGUGGAGAACCUGGAGACGGAGAUGGCCCUCAGGAACGCACAGAUCGCUGACCUGCAGCAGAAGGUUCUCGUCGCCGACAGCGAGGGCCGCGUGAAGCACCGCCUCGAUAGCGUCCAAAGCAUAGUCGAUGCCAAGUGCGCACUCAAGGUCCUCUUGUCUGAGCUGGUGUCUGCUAAAACAGCCAGCGGCAAGCUGGAGAGCGAGCUCAAGCAGGAGAUGGGGAAUGCUCAGGAUUUGAGGAAGAUGCUGGCGGAUGAGAGAUGCGUGAUGUCCACCAUGGACGUGGAGCACCAGCAGCUGCUGUUGGAACUGGAGCAGAGGCACCAGGAGAAGGUCUGUUACCUCCUUAGUCAGGUGCAGCGCAAGAUUGUAUGUGAAGAGUCCGAUGAGGCAAAGCAGAAGGAGGAGGAGGAUUCAAAGCAAAACGAGCUUCUCCAGCGCCUCAAAGUUCAGGAAGAAGAGCUCGGAAAGCUUCGAGAGUUAAGUGAGCAGAACCAGGCCCUGCUGGAGCAGAAUGAGGAAUUUAAGGAGAAACUCUCAUCGCUCCAAGUGCCAGGUGGAAAGAAAAUUCUUGCGCUCACAAGCAACAAUGAAAAGACGCUGGACGACUCUUUUGAAUACAUUCCUCCAAAGCCUAAAGGGAAGCGCUUCACAACGGCUAAAUCGCAGAAUAUGACCAUCAAUGUUGAAGAGCUGAUGUCUCCCAGCGAGGACGAGAGCGAGGGGGAACUGGACGAGUGGCGUCCUGAGAGACCCAAUAAGGGACGCAGAAUAUCAAAGACAGCCAAAGUAACUGGGUGUGCGUGUAAAGGUCGCUGCGGCAACAAGCAGUGCAGGUGUCGCAAAGGAAAGAUGACAUGCGGGGAGAACUGCCAGUGUGAUCAAGAGAAAUGUCGAAAUCUGGAAAGCCGCGUGCCUGCUGAGGAUGCAAGUCAGACGGAAAGCGCCUCCAGAGGAUCUGUGUCUCUUCAAGAUCCAACUUGCGACAGUCCCGACAACACCACCUUCUUCAAGCCGCCGUCCUGUACGCCUACGAAGAAGGUACUGAAAGAAAUCGGAGACAUGGGACACACCACUGCUGACCUGAAGUUGGUCAGGAAACCUUCCUUACCGGAGGAAGAGGACGAGGAGGAGGAGGUGGAUGAAGACGAUAAUAAGGACAGAACAACAGUCAGCUUCCUCAAGAAGAAGAAAAGACUGCUGACGAGUUUUCAGAACAGUUUCUUCUCCGGAUGCACUCCGAUCAGAGAAGAAUCUUAAUCAGGACCGAGCCGUCUUUAAAUGUUCUCUGCCUGUCUUUACAACUGCAAUUAAACUGUCUUGUACUGUAAUGAAUAAAGUCUCACAGUCAAAUUGUGUUUUUAAAGAACAAACUUAUUUUUUGUCUGAAUAUGUACUAACAUUUAACAUCCAUCAUAAGUUGAUGGAAAAUAAUCUAAUUUGAUUCUUCAGUCGUUAAUGAUUCAUUGUUUACGUUGCAGUCUCUUAGUGACGUUUUUAGUGGAAGUGUAAAAUAUUAAACAAAAGGAAAUCUUAAAUCAACUUGUAUUAAUGUUAUUAAUGUUACACUAAUCUGAAUUUGUAGUUUAGUACAGCAGUAGUUUUGGAGGAGUGCAUGUAUCCUUUAAAUGCUAUAAAGAACAAAAAAUUUGUUUGA